ACCAGCCUCUGCUAGGGAGCUACGCGUGUCAUCAUCUCCCGAGGGACGUGUAUAAGCGGCAGUUCCUUCUGAAAGGCAUUUCUUACACCAAGUAUUGCUGCUGCUGCUAGGCCUCCUCCCGCGACGACAAAGAACGAGCCCGUGCGUGUACGAGUCUAUCGCCUUACCCCUUGCCGUCCCUUCAAUGACCUAGGCUGAACUAAGCUUUGGUGGACGCUGCCAGCGUCGCGUUGCAGAAACAUUUGGCAAGGAAGACAUGCUAUUCACUUGCACAUGGGAUUUUGUUCAAUAGCAAUAAUACCUAAACGACUGAGCGCCGCUUUGAUACAGAGAGGCCGUCGUCUUUCGGCGAGCUGAUUGUCAACUUCCACAAUGUCCGACCAGAAGCCGGAAACAAUUGCCCGACGGCUAACCUCAGAGAGCUCCUCGAGCCCUGAAAGCUCUUCUCUUGGAAGUGAGUUGAUUAUCGCCGAGGAUUGCCCUCCAAAGGACGAAUCUGUUGAGGUCAAGAAGACAGACCUUGAAGAUGGCAUAGAGCUAGACGUCAUCUCGAACCUAGAACCCGGGGGAAAGGAGAAGAAGAAGUCUAAGAAAUCCAAGAAGGAGAAAAAGAAAGCCGACGCGGAAGAGUCUCAACAAGAUCCCGAAGAACCCUUUCGACACUUGCCCGACAAUGAGGCCGAGAUUCUCAAGCGACAGGCUCUGACGCCCAAUCUCAAGCAGGGCAUUGCAGCGCUGUACCGAUAUAGCAGUGGGCUCGACAUCUUCAUCAUGAUAAUCGGCGCCAUUUGCUCCAUUGCCAACGGUGCUGCUCUACCUCUGAUGACACUACUCUUCAGUGGCCUCCAAAAGACAUUCUCCGAGUAUUCAGUAGGCCUGAUCGGCAAGAGUGAGCUCAACCAUGGCCUUUCCAAGUAUGUUCUCUACUUUGUAUAUCUCGCUGUCGGCCAAUUCGUCGUCACCUACAUCGCCACGGUGGGAUUCAUCUACGUGGGUGAGAAGAUCUCCACCAGGAUCCGAGAGCAUUACCUCGAGAGCUGCCUACGGCAAAACAUUGGCUUCUUCGACAAGCUUGGCACUGGAGAAAUCAUCACUCGCAUCACAUCCGAUACCAAUACUAUCCAAGACGGAAUCUCAGAAAAAAUGUCAGUCACGAUUGGCGCCAUCUCGACUUUUGUGACUGCGUUUGUCAUUGCGUUUGCCACUUCCUGGAAGCUGACGCUGAUUCUUUCGAGCGUCAUCUUCGCUAUUCUCAUUAAUGGGUCCUUAUUUUCCGGCUACAUGAUUAAGAAUAGCACAGAGUCCACCACAGCGUUUGCCCAGGGUGGCACCCUGGCCGAUGAGGUCCUCAGCUCCGCCAGGACUGCUGUCGCCUUUGGCUUGCAGGACCGGUUGUCCAAGCAGUAUGAUAAACACUUGGAAAAGGCUGAGUAUUAUGGAUUCAGGAUCAAAGCCGCCGUUGGCGUCAUGAUAGGUGGUAUCAUGUUCCUCCUCUAUAUGAGCUAUGCUCUGGCUUUCUGGCAAGGCAGCACGUUUCUCCUAAGAGGCGAGAUAUCUCUCAACCACCUUCUGGUCGUGAUGAUGACAGUGAUGAUGGGAGCUUUUAACAUGAAUGCCAUCGCGCCCAACUCCCAAGCUUUUGCUUGUGCUGUUAGCUCCGCAUCAAAGCUUUUCGACACCAUUGAUCGUGUUUCGCCAAUCAACUCGGCAAGCCAAGAGGGCGAUAUCAUCGAAGCUGUUCAAGGCAACAUCAGGCUAGAGAAUAUCAAGCAUAUUUAUCCUUCGCGCCCUGGCGUUGUCGUCAUGGACGAUGUUACUCUUGAUAUCCCGGCAGGAAAGACAACUGCCUUGGUGGGAGCAUCCGGAUCUGGCAAGAGCACCAUCAUAGGCCUUAUAGAGCGAUUCUAUAACCCUGUGGGAGGCACAAUCUAUCUCGAUGGGCACGACAUUACCACGCUGAACCUUCGCUGGCUUCGCCGUCAGGUUUCUCUGGUAAACCAGGAGCCUACACUGUUUGGAACGACUAUUUUUGAAAACAUCCGCUACGGCCUGGUUGGAACCGAGCACGAAAAUGAAAGCGAGGAAAAACAGCGUGAGCUGGUCAUUGCGGCCGCAAAGAAAUCCAACGCCCAUGACUUUGUCAACACCCUUCCAGAGGGCUACGAAACCAAUGUUGGUGACCGUGGGUUCCUUCUCUCUGGUGGACAGAAGCAGCGUAUUGCUAUCGCGCGAGCUAUCGUCAGCGACCCAAAAAUUUUACUUCUCGACGAGGCAACAUCAGCUUUGGAUACAAAGUCUGAAGGCAUAGUGCAGGCCGCUCUAGAGGCUGCUUCCGCUGGCCGGACUACCAUCGCCAUUGCUCAUAGACUAUCAACCAUCAAGGAAGCCGAUAACAUCGUCGUUAUGUCAGAGGGCCGAAUUAUAGAGCAAGGCAGUCACGACCAGCUAGUGGAGAAGAAGGGUGCUUACCACAAUUUGGUAUCUGCCCAAGGCUUCGCGGCAGUCCAAGAUCUCUCCCCCGAGGAGCUGGAUCUUAUCGAUGAACAUCAAGAGAUGCUAAUCAAGAGGCGGUCAAGAGUCGUAAAUGCUGAUGAACUGGAAGGGAACAGACUUGAACGAAGUUCAACCAUAAAGUCUCGGUCAAGCAUCGUUCUACGCGGACAUACCACUGAGAAAGAGGCAAGGUACAGCACCUGGGCUCUAAUCAAGUUCAUUGCCAAAUUUAACCGUAAUGAGUGGAAGCGCAUGAUAUCUGGUCUCGUCUUUUCCAUACUCUGUGGUGGUGCCAGUCCUAUCUCUGCUGUCUUCUUAUCCAAGGAAAUUGUCGUUCUGACAAAUGCCCUCUACCCGAAUGCGAAUAUCAGCCAGAUAAGACAUGACGCAUACUUCUGGGCCAUCAUGUUCAUCGUGUUAGCUGUCGGUAUGCUGAUUUGCUAUUCCGGCCAAGGAGUAUUACUCGCUUCAUGUUCAGAGCACCUUAUUCACCGUAUCAGAUUCGAAAUCUUUAGAACUUUCCUUCGACAGGAUAUUUCCUUUUACGAUAAGAAGGAGAACUCAGCAGGCAUCUUGACAGCAACGCUCUCAACCGAGGCCAAUAACGUUGGUGGUCUCAGUGGUGCUACUCUGGGAACAAUCCUUCUGACAUUAUCGACUCUUCUAUCUUCAAUGAUCAUGGGACUGGCUAUUGGAUGGAAAUUGUCCCUUGUGUGCACGGCAACAAUCCCCGUCAUGUUAGCUUGUGGCUUCUUUCGGUUUUACUUGCUGUUCCGUUUCCAGGCCAGAGCACAAACCGCCUAUGCAGACUCCGCCGCCUACGCUUCCGAAGCCAUCUCGUCCAUCCGCACUGUUGCUUCCCUUACUCGCGAGCAGGACAUCAUGCGCAAAUAUCGUGAUGAUAUCGCCACCCAGCGACGCAAGGGUUUGAGAUCUAUACUUUCCUCGAGUGCUGUCUAUGGCGCUGCUCAAGGCGCCGUCUUCCUCUGCUUCGGACUUGGAUUUUGGUACGGCGGUACCCUGCUUGCUACUCAUGAGUACGAUUUAUUUACCUUUUUUGUUUGCUUCAUGGGCAUUAUCUACAGUGCCCAGUCGGCAGGAAGCUUCUUCUCGCUUGCGCCCGACAUGGGCAAGGCCCAUACGUCAGCCUCGGCACUGAAGAAACUCUUUGACCGGGUACCAACAAUUGAUUCCUGGUCGCAAGAGGGCGCACGUCUCAGAGAGGGCGAAGUCGAGGGCACAGUUGAAUUUCGUGACAUUCACUUCCGUUACCCUACACGGCCAGAACAAGCUGUUCUUCGAGGUCUCAGCCUGACGAUCAAGCCUGGCCAGUACGUUGCCUUGGUUGGUGCCUCUGGGUGCGGCAAGAGCACGACUAUCUCAUUGCUGGAGCGGUUCUAUGACCCUUUGGCUGGCGGUGUCUAUGUUGACGGCAAAGAUAUCAGUACCCUAAAUAUUACCGACUACCGAUCAUUUAUUUCGCUUGUGAACCAGGAGCCGACUCUGUACUCGGGAACAAUUAAAGAAAAUAUUCUUCUCGGCACACUAAAGGAAGACAUCUCAGAUGAGCAGCUUGAGCGGGUCUGCCGCGAGGCCAACAUUUACGAUACUAUUAUUUCGCUCCCUGAUGGAUUUAACACGCUUGUUGGCAGCAAGGGCGGCUUACUCUCCGGUGGGCAGAAGCAACGCAUUGCCAUUGCUCGCGCCCUGAUACGCAACCCCAAGAUCCUGCUCCUUGACGAAGCCACGUCCGCCCUCGAUUCGGAAUCCGAGGUUGUCGUCCAGGAUGCGCUAGAUAGGGCUGCCGCUGGGCGUACUACAAUUGCUGUUGCCCACCGCCUUAGCACGAUCCAGAAGGCGGACGUCAUUUAUGUGAUUGAUCAGGGCCGUGUUGCCGAGUCUGGAACCCAUCAAGAGCUGAUGAGGAAGAAUGGACGCUACGCCGAGCUGGUGAAGCUGCAGAGUUUGGCAACGAGCUCGUAAAUAGUAGCAGAGCGCUGAUUGGAUGGAUGUGCUGCUCAUCUAAUAUAUUUCUUCUGUGUAUCUACUACACAGCUAGAAGAUGCAGAGGUGGAUGAUACAAGUGCGUACCCUGAACUGCCAAAGGUUUUGGGGGGGGGGCUUAGGAUGGGAUAUUAGGCUUAGAAUGAGUAUAUAGAAGGACACAUGUACACCGCAAAAGGUAUAUCUGAGGUUUCUUUUUCUUUUCUUUCUUUUUUUUUUGUCUUAUUUUCUUUUUUGUUUAACCGCCGUGGGUGAAGAGAGGUAUGUAGGAUAUCAGAACCACGCCACUUGCUCUAUUGAUCUAUAGUUUGAUUUUAAUAAAACUCUCUAUUU